AUGAGUGAAGUGUUUAGUAUAUAUUGUUUUAUUAUGGUGUUUUGUAUACAAGUGGAGAGUUUUAGAGGGUAUAAAAAUAGUUUUGAGCUGGGGUUUAAACGCUAUUGCAAGAGUAAUGAGAAUAAUUUAACUGCUCCAAAAGAUUUGGUUGAAACUGUGGAAAUAGCAGAUCAAGUAGCAGAUUUUAUCACUGAUAAUAGUAAACCUGAGAUUGCCAAUACCAGAUUUGGUAUUGAUAAGAGUAUGAUUUACACGUUAAGUAAUGAUGACUAUGUGGUUGUGGGAAAGAUUCUUGGGGUUUAUGGAUUGCAUGGCAAUGUUAAAGUUAAGAGUUAUACAUCCCAGCCUGAGAUUAGACUAUGUGAGCCUGGGUAUAGGUAUCUUAAGAUCCCAUUUAAUGACGAGAAGGUUAUACCAAUUAACCUCCUUAGAGGUAGAAUCUCGGGAACCAAGGAUGUUUACAUUGUGAAGUUUGAAGGUUUUGAUAACGUACACCAGGCACAAAGGAUAACCAACACUUACCUCACAGUACCACUAUCAAUCAUGCCACCGCUUGAAGAGAAUACCUACUACGCAAGGGAUAUCAUUGGACUGGGAUUAUACCUCUAUAAUGACAUCAAUAAGACCAAAUUGGGGAACAUUAUGUCCUUCAUACAUUAUUCAGAUUUAGCUUUCAAGAAGAAGUAUGAAGAAGCAUGUGAUGACUUGAUUGAAGUUCAGCUAGAUAUGAAGGUUUCAUUAAAAACAUUAAUUGAUGUCUCAAGAGCAGCAAUUAAUACCACACAAAAUAGUGAGGAGGUUAAGAAUGAACCUCCAAAAAAAUGUAGUUUGGUAAUGGAUAGGGAUUUAGAGGAAGCCGAUGAAGUGAUUGAACCGUCUCAGGAGUUUGAAAAUCCAUACUUCAAGUCAGUGAUGUACGUCAAAUGUUAUGAAUGCUCAAUAUGUAAAAAGGAAUUCACUAAUCAAACAAAGGCACUAAUCCAUGAAAAUUCACAUAAUACUAAUUCGAACAAAGAAUUAGUUAAUUCUGUGGAGCAGAAAAACACUGAAGAGGAGAAAAGCGACCAAAGUAUUGAUAAAAAGAUAAAAAUAAUGAGUAUUGACGAAAUAGCGGAAAAUGAAAUUAAAAGACCAAUCAGACGUUUUUAUGUGCCUUUAGUUAGAAAUGAAACUGUAAAGUACAUUGAUGUCGAGAAUAAAAGCGUUUAUGUAGAUCCUUACACCAUAUUUAUAGGAGAAGAUAAGUAA